CUUUCUAUCAUCAGUAGCUAUGGAUCCAAAGAUGAGAGAGGAUCAAAGAGAAUCAGAGAAUGGAUCUACCCGGAGCAGAACUAGUAUAUUUGAAUCUACCACCACCAUGAUGUCCGUCUCAACACUGAUCUGGGAUGUCUGCCGGAAAUGCAUUUGCCAGGAGUCCAACACUGCCAAGAAAAAUACUCAGGCUUUGGUUAUGCUUGGUCUCAUGAUUCUUCCCUUGUUUCCAAUUCUUACUUUGAUUAUCCAGAAUGGAUUCUCCUUGAGCCACCUUGUUACUUUCAAAUCUGAUGUGAUAGUAAAUGAGGUUUUUGUCAGAGAAAGUGAAGAGAUUUCUGACACCAUUCAAAAACUGCAAGAGGAACGAGCUUACGCAGUGUUUCUCAUCUCAUUAACUACAAAUAAUGGCCCCAAUAUUUCCUUGCACAGUCAAAGAAUCAAAGAAACGUUUAUCAAGACUGAUCUUGUUUUAUCUAAAAUAUCCAAUUGGCAAACAGAUGAAAAUGAUAUCAGAUUUGACAGCCAGUUAAGGUUCCAAAUAAGACUGGAAGACUUCCGAGAGCUGCUCCUUAAAUCAGCGAUAGCAAGUGCUGAUGAAGACAUCAUUGCUAUACCUACAACUAUUCAAGAUAUCAUGCUUUAUUACAACUCUUUAAUUGAUGUUCUUAUGAAUCAACUCUCUGUAAAGAUCAGCAAGGUUAAAACAAAAGAUGUCUGGCGAUAUGUUGUGGCUUAUGAAAGCCUUGCGCGGGUGUUAGAACAUAUCGGUAGAGAAGUUAUGUUUGGCGUUUUGUAUACUCAAAACAAGAAACUAGAUGAAGAUGAAAGUAAAGAGGUUUACGAGGAACAGCAACUAUCUCAGGAUUAUCUGGAAAUGACUCAGUCAUUCAUCCCAUCCUUAGCUGGGACAAUUAAAUUGGCACAGUCGGAUCAAGACUUCUUAAUAUACGCUUCUUUUAAGAUGGAGAAUGGACAAAUGACCUUUUCCGAAAAUAAGACUUCAACACAAUAUUACUACAGUUCUAUUGCUUAUGUUAAAAAAAUCCAAGAUGCAAAGAAUCAAAUUCGUGAUGAAAUAAACAAGUCUGUUCAUGAACAAGUUAAGCUGUCAGACCGCCAGCAAGCUAUAGGAAUUUUGAUUCUUGUAGUUGUUCUGAUAAUUUCACCUUUUAUGAUUUUGCUAUCACGAAAUGCUGUUCAAACAAUACAAAUAUUUUCCAAAAGCUUGCAAAAAAAGUCUACUGAUUUAAGAACUGAGCGGAAGAAAACAGAAAAAUUGCUGUACAAAAUGCUUCCAGAAAUUGUGGCCGAUGGACUCAAGAAUGGAAAUACAACCACAGAAACAUUUAAGUCAGCCACAAUUGGAUUUAUAAAUAUUGAUGACUUUUCAACCCUGACAAAGAUGCAUUCUCCAAUCGAAGUCAUUAACAUUUUGAAUGAAAUAUACACAGUUUUUGACAGUCGUCUUGAUCUGUUCAAUGUGUAUAAAGUAGAAACAAUUAAUGACAGUUAUCUUGUGGCUUCUGGACUACCAAAGAGGAGUGAGACUCAUUGUAGGGAAAUAGCUGGAUUAUGCUUGGACAUUACAAAAACAUGCCAAACCCUUGAUAUACAGCCUGAACUCACGGUCAGGGUAAGCGCUGGUGUUCAUUCAGGACUUGUCGUUGCUGGCAUUGUAGGAAGCAAAAUGCCAAGGUACUGUCUUUUUGGAGACACAGUCAACAUUGCUUCACGAAUGCAAUCCACUGGAGAGCCUGGCAGGAUUCAAAUUACUUCAGCUACUCGGACCCUUCUAGAGACUCAAGGAGAUGACUUUCAAUGUGAAGUGAGAGGAGUUAUCGAAGUUAAAGGCAAAGGAAGCAUGGAGACUUACUGGCUGGUCUCUCAAAUAUCUAAAAGAGCUUGAUGUGUGACAGAUUUACAACCCAACAAUGUACCUAAUGCACAACAAACUUCUCAUCUUUAAACUUACUAUCUCCUUAUUCAGAUUGAGUUAAAGCGGAUGCUAUUGAAGUUCAAUCCGGCAAAUCUGGACGGUACACCAAAUAAAUCAUCUCCUUCUAGUGAAAUUAAUGUUUACCCUUGUUUUUAUACGUUUAUUGUAUUCAGCCAGUUUUUGUUUAGAAUAAACUUUUUAUUGUUGUUUUUUUAA